AUGGCGGCAAAACCGGAGCAGGACUGCAAGACAGCGGCGGCUCUCAUUCGGGCGGGGUCGUUGAUAGAAGGCGUUGAAUCAGCAGGCAAAGACUUUUUAGUCUGGACGACACAGGGCCCCGCUGUAAAAAAAGAUCCAGAUCUCCUCUUCAGUCUCUGUCGAGUGUUGCCUGGCAGCACACAGCAGACGCUGAAACUCCAGCAGGUCGAACCGACUGCGGACUCACAGGAACUGACCGUCCAAGCCAAGGAAGUUUGGCAGGCGAACCCCGGCAUCGACCCCCUGACUUACGGCGACAUUGGCGGGCUGCCGCACACGAACGAGCCAUGCGUGCUGGAUUUUCUGGCGCGACGCUACCAGAGCAAAGUGAUCUACACGACUGCAGAGCCGCUGAUUGUCGCAGUGAAUCCGUUUCAGGACCUGAAAAAUGCGGGCCCGGACACGAUUGCGCUCUACAGAGACGCCCCCGAUGUGGACAAGCUCCCGCCGCACGUCUUCUACGCCAGUCGACGCGCCAUGACGAACAUGCACCAGCUGAAGAAGCCGCAGACGAUCAUUGUCAGUGGCGAGAGUGGCGCUGGAAAGACUGAGACGACUAAGAUGCUCAUGAAGUACCUGGCAACCAGCGCCGGUGGGAACCUGGACCUGAAGAUCCAGACUGCGAUCAUGGCGGCGAACCCUGUGCUCGAGGCGUUUGGAAACGCAAAGACAGUUCGCAACAACAACAGCAGUCGCUUCGGCAGAUUCAUGCUCCUCGAUGUCGCCAGAGAGGGCGGCAUUCAACACGGCAAGGUUGUCGCCUUCCUGUUGGAAAAAAGCCGAAUCGUCUGCCAAGACAAAGACGAACGAAGCUACCACAUCUUUUACCAGUUCUUGAAGGGCGCUCCAGGCCACAUGCGCCAGCGGUACAUGCUGCAGCCCCUGGAGGCAUACACCUUCAUCAACCCGCACUGCCUCGAUGCACCAGGGAUCGUCGACACGGAGGACUUUGAGCAAACGGUCAAAUCAUUAGAGUCAAUGAACAUGACGGAGACGGAGACAUGCACCAUCUGGUCGAUCGUCUCGGGUGUUCUGCUCAUGGGAAAUGCCAAGCCUACUGGAAAAACCGAGGCUGGUGUCGAGAACGCCGCAUGCUUCGUCGGCGAGUCAGAAGCCGCUCUGCGGAAUGCAUGCAGUCUGCUCUUCCUCGACUACCCGAGCAUUCUGCAUGAACUAACGGUGAAGACAACUUAUGCAGGAAGCAACAAGAUCGAGAGUCGGUGGACCGUCCCAGACUCCGAGAUGCUGCGUGCAUCUCUGGCGAAGGGCAUGUACGAGCAGUUGUUUCUGUGGAUUAUUCGCAAGCUGAACGCAGACAUUGAGCCGAAGGGAGGAUCGUUCGAUGUCUUUAUGGGUCUGCUGGAUAUCUUCGGUUUUGAAGUUUUCCAAAACAACUCCCUCGAGCAGUUGUUCAUUAACAUCACCAACGAAGUGCUUCAGAGAAACUUUACGGACAUUGUCUUCGAGAAAGAACUGCAGCUCUACAGCAAAGAAGGCAUCUCAUCGAAGAAAAUUGAAUACACCACGAAUGAAAAGCUGAUUGAAACCCUUCUGGGAAAAGGAACUUCGGUUUUGGCUGCCUUGGAGGAUCAGUGCAUCUCGCCUAGCGGAACUGACGAGAAAUUUGUCUCGAGUUUGGCGAGCAAGUUGGCGGGGAACAAGUGCUUCAUUCCCUCGAAAAACACCAAGAGUCUGGAGUUCACCGUUGUUCACACCAUCGGGAAAGUCAUCUACAACGCCGAUGGCUUUGCUUUCAAAAACAAAGACGUUCUGCGCCCGGAAAUCAUCGAAAUCACGCGGGCGUCGACGAACGACGUUGUUCGCGGCUUAUUUGAGGGCGUGAAAGUUGAGAAGGGGAAGAUGGCAAAAGGCAUGUUGAUCGGAAGUCAGUUUAUGACGCAGCUCAAGGGGCUGAUGGAAGUAAUUCAGAAAACGGAAUCUCACUUCAUUCGUUGCAUCAAACCGAACGACGACAAGGUGCCUCUCAAGUGGGUGAACAGCAAGGUCCUCAUUCAGCUGCAUGCACUCUCGAUUUUGGAGGCUCUCCACCUCCGCCAACUCGCCUUCUCCUACCGAAGAACCUUCGAGGAGUUCGCUGCGCAGUUUCGCUUCAUCAAUCUGGGCGUUUCAAACAAGCCAGGCGCCGACGCGAAGACCAUCUGUGUGGAGUUGUUGAAGAGCACAAGCAUUUCUGCGGACGAGUACGCACUCGGCAAGACGAUGGUAUUUCUCAAGCCGCAAGCAGCAAAGAUGUUGGUGCGGCUGCAGCGCGAAGCGUUGUCAGCUUGGGAGCCUCUCGUCGGUGUGUUCGAGGGGAUGACUGUUCUGAAAAGGGCAAAGCAACUGUCGACUGGCCGGGCGGUCCCGGCGACUCGCAUUUGCGCGAAUGUUCGCCGAAAACUCGUCCAAGCGGGCAUCAAGGUUUGCUAG